GCCUACACUGCAGGUGAGCUUAGCAUUUCUCCUCAACCUCUGAUCCCGUCCCGUACACCACAACAAACGCCGUCCCCUCACGGCCUUCCUGCAUGAACCAGAGGCAGAGCCCCAAUGCAGGCGCAUUUCUUAUUGGGGCCAAUCCCCAUCACCAUCGCCGCCGCCUCCUCCUCCGCCAUCGGCUUCUACUCCUCCCUCAUCGCCGAUUCCCUUCGCCGGACUCACUCCUCCAACCCCAAUCCCAAAUCGAUUAACCCUCUCCCUCGCUCCUGUUCCGUCGUCAGUUCUUGGUCCCCGUCGUCGUCCGCGGCCAUUGACGGCGACCCCAACCAUUACCAGGUACUCGGUGUCGCGCGUGCUGCCACCUCCACCGAGAUCAAGAAAGCUUUUCGUCUGCUCGCUCGUAAGUAUCAUCCUGAUGUUAGCAAGGAUUCACGAGCUGCUGAUACCUUCAAGAGCAUACGUCAUGCAUAUGAGGUAUUAGCUAAUAAAGUGACGAGAGCUCAGUAUGACCGAGCAUUGAAGCUUCAAGAAACUACAGAAAGGCGAUACAGAGGGAAGUGGUAUUACACUCCUGAUUUUGAAGAAAGAUCGAGAACCUAUAGAUGGGCUGAACUAAAGCAAAAGAUGCAACAUGAGAGAUAUCAUAAAUAUUAUAGGUUCCAAGAGGAUUCUACCCACAUUGAUGAAGAUGAGGGAGAAGGAAGCAGCAGUCAACAUAGAAGUCCCUUCCUUGAAGUACUGAAAUCAACAUUUUUGUCUCUAUUUCUACUACAGACGUUCGGCGCCCGAUUGUCCCUCACCUUUAGUAGCCUGGUGGCAUUGCUCGACAGGAAGUUGGAUGCGGGGUAUAAGAUAGGAUAUCUAAUUGCGUGGCUGUUGGGCGGAAGAGCGGGUGUUUUACUAGCUUUAUGCCUCUCAUUUGCAAGCUGGGUGUGCGGUAAAAGUAGCAGCAGUGUAGUUGCUGUUGUGGUAGUGGCAAUGUGGGUGGGAUCAAAUCUUGCAAGAUAUGCACCACUUCCUCAAGGUGCAGUUCUCACUCUUCUGUACAUGUCCAUCAAGCUUCAAGCUGAUUUGAACUGAAGCUGAAACUUAUACUUGCAAGCAGAGCAGGUGUACAUAUCCUGUUUUAUAUGCAUCACGAACAUUCGCUGCACAUAAAAGUGGUAAAUGGUAGAUCUAAGAUAAAUUCCAUUGGAGUUAGGUUGAGCGAAAGUCUUGAACCGUUUUCAGAUACUGAAAUGUGUAGAGCAAAGCAUAUCUGUGGUGUAAAUUUAAGUGUUGUAAAGAAAAUUGAUAUUGAUGCUGCCACUGUUCUUGUUUGCUUCAUCUUUUGAUUUGUUUAUAGGAGGAAGAAAAUAUUGAUUUGGAAAUCAAAAGCUUGAAAGUUGCCACUA